CUGGCAGGUACGCAUGCGCACUGAGACGUUUUACUGGAAGACAGCGUGACAGUGUCGGCAAUUACGUUCAGAUGCAGUGGAAGAAGCGAAAUUCCCGCAACACCUGCUGAAACCGAGAAACGAACUUUUUAUAUUAUAGUUGAUUGGAUCGUGAGCGGCAUGAGGGAUUACAGUAGGGAAAAACUGGUGACGUUAGAAAUUCAUAGGACUAAAGCGUAUCUGCGUCACGUGGUCAGCCACAACCAAUCGGAGCGAUGCAAUUCUAUCGGAAAGAGCUCUUUGUUCGGCGUUUUUCAACUUUAUUCGUGAUUAUACACACAUGACUUGAAUUCGUAUUUAUAUUUCAUUGGGACACAUCUCUGGCGACAUUUGACCCUGGACUGACACAAUCUGGUACUUGGUGCGGAUUGACACGUAUGCAGUGUUGUGUACGGCAGGACUCCCCUCCCCCGCUGCGUGGAAUGGGGGAGGAACGCGGACACGUUGGAGGGAAAUGUGCUAAGUAAAAGUAUCGAGGCGGAGGACAAGAAGAUUAAAUGAAGAAAACUUCCGGAUACCUUGGGAUUUACGAAUCAAGAAUUAUAUGUGUUUGAAGCAAGGUUGUUUUUCAUGUAAUACGUCUUUUUAUUUCAAGGAACUUUUUUUUUUUUAUGACAAAUUAUUAAUGUUGUUUAUUUGGUUAUACCUUGUGGUGAAACGGUGUAUUUUAAGUAGCUGAAAGUAUUUGUACCAUGUUAUUUAUACUUUUCCAGCCGGUCGUGUGACGUUUUGAGGACCUGUAACCUUGGGUUGGGGGAUGGGCUGCUGAGGGAGCGUCCUCGGCCUUAUCGGAACGUUGAUUUAAUCGUUUAAACUAGUACAUUCGUAGCCCGAAUUGUCAGAAUCCGUUAAAUGUUACCAGAUCGUUAGUUUCACUAAGCAGUAUAAUCCGUUGCACUUGUUCAAUGCAUUCAGACCCCGAUACCAGUUAUUUUCUUUUAGCGAAAAAAGACAACCCAUCAGUGCGUUCUUUGGGUACUUUUGAGUCCUUCACCUUGGGUUUAUUCGUGGCAGUUGGGAGUCUUGGGACUCUAUGUUUAAGGUCAAAGAGAGGGCUGAGCAAAGUGCUGUGUCAUUCGGCGGUUGCUGUCCCACGGUUUCGUUCUGACUUGGCAGUGUAUAGUUGUUGUGACAACGUUAUGCGAAAACGGAGCGGCACCACUUUGGUUCUCGUUUCUGGUUUAUAUCAGAUACGCGUUAACAUGAACACGAGUAUGAGACCCAAGGCCUUGGUGUGUCGAUGCAUGGGCUCGGUUUUCAGUCUCCUUCCGCCGAGUCGAACCAUGUUAUUGGUCGCGAACGGGCUGCGAAACACGGUUAGUGUGUGAUUUGCGAACGUUUUAUGUAGUUUGGUGAUGUGUUACGGUAGUUAAACGGUGAUUUAAUCGACUUUUGUGAAACUUAAGAUGGCGACUCUGCGCCCUUUCCGUGAAGGAGAAAUGCGGACGCUGUGGCGCGUGUAGGGCGGUGUCUGGUUCCGGAGGGAUACGCGUGACCUGGGUGAACAACCAAUGGGCGUCCUCGUACUAAACGCCGAAAGCGCGCGUAGAUUCUGGUUGCCCAAUCACCGCGGUCGUCUGGCCCAUGCGGACGUCAUCUUAUGUGAUAAGGAAAUGGGCGGAGUCCGACCAGACAUGUUUUGUAGGGACUAAUGUGACGUAGCCAGUAAGAAACAAAAUGUUUCCAUUGCCAGAUACGUUGGACCAAUAGCGUCGUACGCUCGCUGUGACGGACAGGGGGCACUGGCCAAUGGGACCUCCAAAAGCUGGUCCAUAAUACCUAUUUAUGUAUGGAUUCGCUAAGUUUCACAGACAGCUCAGGCGGCGAAUUGCAACCUUGGGGGCGUAGUCUCCUUGGAGUAGUCUGGCCAAUGGCGUGGUUGUGUUGUCUAUAAAGCAACGGGCGAAGCGGUUGCGUCGCCAUUUCACUGAAGCUGUGUCAACAAGAGCGUGGUGGCGGGGACGGGAGACAACGGACGAACUGAGUCGGAUCCUGAUUUUCAAUAUAGCUUAAAGAGAAUCCGGAUCCAUCCUGAUGGAUAUGGCUCUAAACCCGCCUCUUGACAGCUCCAUGCUCGGGGUGGAGGUGACGGGCGUCUCCGUGAUGGACCACAGCUCCUCCACCGCGGCCGGGAAGCGCAUCCGCAAGCCGUCGCUGCUCUACGAGGGCUUCGAGAGCCCCGGGGGGCCGGCGCUGGGCCAGACCCCCGCCGCCGGGCCCCCGCAGCCCUCCAACAAGGACCCCAGCCGGCAGGGCCGCGCCACCAACCAGCUGCAGUUCCUCCAGAAGGCCAUGAUCAAGUCCCUGUGGCGCCACCACUUCGCCUGGCCCUUCCACGAGCCGGUGGACGCCAGCAAACUCAACCUGCCCGACUACCAUAAGAUCAUCAAGAUCCCCAUGGACAUGGGCACCAUUAAGAGGCGGCUGGAGAACAACUACUACCGCAGUGCCAGCGAGUGCAUGCAGGACUUCAACACCAUGUUCACCAACUGCUACAUCUACAACAAGCCCUCAGAUGACAUCGUGCUGAUGGCCCAGUCCCUGGAGAAGGCCUUCCUGCAGAAGGUGGCCCAGAUGCCCCAGGAGGAGCUGGAGCUGCCCCCGCCUCCACCACGAGGGAAGCCAGGGAAACAGGGCCGGAGAGGGAGAGGGGCAGUGUCCGGAGGGGUGACCACGGCCCACCAGGUCCCUGCCGUGUCCCAGUCGGCCUACUCGCCCCCCACCCCCGAGACCCCCGACAUGCUGCUCUCCAUGACCCCCCAGAUCCUCCUCCCCAAGUCCCUGAGCCACGCCCAGCCCAGCCCCGCCCUGCUGGGCCUGCCUCCCCACACACAGCCCACCACCAAGAAAAAGGGGGUGAAGCGGAAGGCGGACACCACCACCCCCACCACCAUGGCCAUGCCCCUCAUGGCCACCCUGGGGGUGGGCGGCGCCUCCCCCAUCACCCUCACCUCCCUGGGGGUGGAGCACAACUCUAGCCUGGGGAUGGGCCCCGGCCUGGGCCUCGUCACCAUGGGCCUGGGCGGCGGGGGCGCCCUCAUGGGCGGGGGGGGCAAGGCGCCGCCGGGGGGCCGCCGGGGGGUCAGCGGGCGACCCAUCAAGCCCCCCAAGAAGGACCUGCCGGACUCCAUGCUGCCGCAGCCGGCGCGGCGCAGCAAGCUGAGCCCGCCGCUGCGCUACUGCAACAGCGUGCUGAAGGAGCUGCUGUCCAAGAAGCACGCGGGCUACGCCUGGCCCUUCUACAAGCCCGUGGACGCCAGCACGCUGGGGCUGCACGACUACCACGACAUCAUCAAGCAGCCCAUGGACCUCAGCACCAUCAAGAGGCAGAUGGACGGCAGGACGUACCGCGAUGCCCAGCAGUUCUCCGCCGACGUCAGACUCAUGUUCUCCAACUGCUACAAGUACAACCCCCCCGACCACGACGUCGUCGCCAUGGCGAGGAAGCUACAGGACGUGUUCGAGUUCUGCUUCGCCAAGAUGCCCGACGAGCCCCCGGCCCCCCCCAGCUCCUCCUCCUCCUCCUCGUCCUCCUCGUCUUCGUCGGAGAGCGAGCCCAGCAGCGAGAGUGAGAGCGAGAGCAGCCCCAGCUCAGACAGCGAGGAGGAGCGAGCCAACCGCCUGGCCGAGCUGCAGGAACAGCUGAAGGCGGUCCACGAGCAGCUCACGGCUCUCUCCCAGGGGCCCAUCGUCAAGCCCAAGAAGAAGAAAGAGAAGAAGGAUAAGAAGAAGAAGAAGAAGCCGGAGAAGGAGAAGCACCGACGGAUAGAGGAGGAGCCUGCGCCCACGCGGCCUGCCAAGACCCCCAAGACCACCAAGACGCCCAAGACCCCAAAGACCCCCAAGAACAAGGCCAGCCGGGCCUCGGGGACCCCCGCCACACAGCCCAAGAAGACCCCCGGCAGGAAGAACAACAAGAGCAAGUCCAAGAAGGGCGGCAUGAUGUUCAGCGUGCCCCCCAUGGAGGCCCCCGAGCUCCUCCCCCACUACGACUCUGACGAGGAGGAGGAGACGGUGCCCAUGUCGUACGACGAGAAGCGGCAGCUCAGCCUGGACAUCAACAAGCUGCCGGGGGAGAAGCUGGGCCGCGUGGUCUACAUCAUCCAGGCCCGCGAGCCCUCCCUCAGGGACACCAACCCCGAGGAGAUCGAGAUCGACUUCGAGACGCUCAAGCCCUCCACGCUGCGCGAGCUGGAGCGCUACGUCAUGACCUGCCUGAGGAAGAAGCCCCGCAAGCCCUACGCGAAAGGCGGGGCGGGUAAGUCCCGCGAGGAGAUGGUCCUGGAGAAGCAGCUGGAGCUGGAGAAGAGGCUGCUGGACGUCAGCGGGCAGCUCAACUCGGGCAAGAAGCCCGCCAAGAACAAACCAGAGAAGCCGUCGGCGGCCGAGGCCAACGCCCAGCCGUCGCGCCUCAGCGCCAGCAGCUCUUCCUCCGACUCCUCCACCUCCUCCUCCUCCUCUUCCUCCUCGGACACCAGCGAGUCGGACUCGGGCUGAGAGAGAGAGAGACGGGCGAGAGAGAGAGAGAAAGACAGGGUGAGAGACGGACGGACGGACGGGGGGGGUGCGUUCCUCUGACCCACUGAACUACUGAGACCUACAGGACCCGGGGCCCGGACCCGGGGCCUCCUGGACCCCCGCGGGCUGGACCACGCCCCCCUCCCCGCGGAGCCACGCCCUCGGUCGGGGCGCGGGGGCGGGGCCUCCGGCGGGCGUGGCCGUGGGGCUGUAAAGAGGACGUGUACAGGCUCAUCACGAUGUACCUUUUCUUUUAUAAAGAAGCAUUUUAAUAAGAUAAUUUAUUCCCUCGUUUCUGGGGAGAGGGAGGAAGACUUGGUGGCAUCUUUAUUUUUCUUUUCUUUAUUUUUUUUUAAACGGGGAGUGUGUGUGUGUGUGUGUGUGUGUGUGUGUGUGUGUGUGUGUGUGUGUGUGUGUGUGUGUGUGUGUGUGUGUGUGUGUGUGUGUGUGUGUGCGCGCACAACAUGGAGCUCCUGGCCCCCCGUCAGACAUCUUGGGUGUACCUCCAGCCAGGAGGGGGCAGAAGUUCCCUUUCUGGGUGAAGUUGUCGUCGUGUCUGUCGUGCUGCCACUCCACUGCUGUCCUCAUUACAACCAUGUCAUGUGUGCGUGCUUCUUCUUGUGACCAACUGACGAAUAAAGAGUGAGACUGUGUCUUGUUCACUCACCAAUGCCCAACACCUCACUCCUGGCUGCCUCCUGUUCCUUCAGCGACUUCCUGUCCGGCUGGCGUACUGGGUUGGUGUCUAUAAACCAGUGCAGAGACCAGUUCAUUGGUCGAGGGCCAGUUCUCUCCUUGGUUCUUUGAGUUAUCACCCUUCAAAUGUGUCUGGGAUUUCGUUUUUCAUGUUUUAAAGUUGUUUCAGUUGAAAUCUGUUAGAAAGAUUGUUUCCUUAAUUGGUCAAAUAUCCACUUUUUAGCUCGGCUUUUGAGGAAAAAAUGGAUUAAGUUCUACAGCAUGGACGCACAAUCUGAUAAAACUGGUAGCCUACAAGUUAUCAAUGUUCAUGGUAUUUUUUUUUUGUCAGCUGUUCUUUGUUUUGAGCAUUUACAGUUUGCGAUUGAAACAUGUUUGUGUUAAAUAUAAUUUAUUUAGGUGUCUGAGUGGAGAACACGUUCAUUAAACAUCAACUGUACAGAUGAAGCUUGUAAAAGCGUUGUACAUAGGGUAGUUUCUAGCACGACUUUGUUUCAGAUUUGACCUAAUGUUUUGUUCUUCUCCAUGAGACGCUCUGUCCUAGUCUUACUCUCUGAGGUCCGAACACGACCUGCCUCUGUAAGAUGCAACAUUCAUUUGAACACAUGCACAUAAAUAAAUAACGUUGGAUCUUUUUAACAAA